AUGUCUUUAGGCAAGCGCAAAGUACAUCCUGAAGACGAGAUCGCGGGUAACAGCUCGGAUCAACAAUCGCCGGCGAGCAAGAGAACGCGAACACUGUUGGACGAUAGUCUUUCACAAGAUUCGUUCACACACCCGUCUACGCCAUCAAAGCAGUCCAAUGAUCGUCAAGUAGAAGCGUCGCCGGGAAGCUCUUCACCACUGUAUGGGUUCCCUACCACGCCGACACCUCAAACGAAAGUCGCCGUCACCAUUCCUAAAACCGUCUCCAAGCUGACCCCCGCUUUCACCACUCCACUUUCAACCGUGUGUGGACACUCAAUGCAUCCCGCAUACGGAGACUUCUACGCCAAGACCAUAUGUCCAAUGUGCCUUGCGGAAGCUUCUAUGAACGGGCUUCAAGGUAUGCAAGACCGGAUCAACGAUGUCGGCGGUCUGGUCGAAUGGCAAAAGAUGCAGAACAAGUACCAUUACAAAGCCUAUGAGUGGAUGCCGACCAGUGGCAAGGAGAAGAAGAAGAAGAAGCGAACCGCCUAUACAGAUGCAAUUGGAACAGAUGUUAGCUACAGACACAGAAAGAGGCAGCUGGUUCACCUGAUAACUGAACUAGAAGCUCUCUCCGAGAUGGAGGCAGUCUGGGAAGCGAAGCAGCUUCCGGAUAACAGCAACGUUUACAUCGAGCACGUACGACUGAGGAAGCAGUACAGUGCUACAGCUGCGCUACACUGUUAUUACGAUACUGUGGACAACGGAUUCCUCGGUCGUAUAGAAGAUGACUGUAAUUAUAUGAGCCAAAGACUCGGUCGAUGUUGGAAGAUUGCAUCUGAACCGGGGUUUCCUGAUUCCGAGAACAUUCGAGAUACGGGAAUGGAGGAGAAAAAAAGAAAAGCCCUCGAGCGUCAUACAAAGAGUUUCAAGUGGGAAACGUUCACGAAAGACCAGCGGAAAUAUAUCGAGAGCUCCAAGAUUCCUAAAGUUUACGAAACCCCCAAGACUCGUAAGACUCGUAAGACUCGUAAGACGAGAAAGUCCGAUAGCACAAACCUGCUGCCGACUCGAAAGCGCCGACGCGAAGAUGCAGGCGUUUCUUUUAACGAAAAUGUCUACGUUCGCACCGACGCUGACGUGGAUGUUCUUCGGAAGGCGGCGCCGUGGCUUUCCGAGGAUCUUCUCGGAGAGCCUGCUUCGAAAAAGCCUAGAAUGGGCAUCCUACGCACUACUCGUCUCAAGCGAUCAGAAGUUUCGAAUAUAAUCACUCCUCUCGAUAGGGAUCCCAAGCCUACUCGCCCUCAUCAUGUGAUUCCACUGAACCGCAAAGAUGGACCUGUUAGAGACGUGACCAAGAGUAGGAUGGGCCGAAGGAGGUCAAGUUAUCAUCGAGGACAAUGGGCAGUCCCAGAAGGAAGCGAGCUCAUCGAUACUAGUGGGUAUCGCCGGGAGUUCAAGCAUCAUGAGGCGAUUGUCGAAGGCCUUCGAAAGGAAGCCGUGAGAAUGGAUGACAAGGACCUGGUUGAAAAACCUGGGAGACGUUCCGAAGACACAGAGAUGAAGGAUACUCCCGUGGCCGAGCGGGAAGCUAUGCCACAAUCGUCGCUUUCUUUGCUUCCGUCAUGGAGCUCCGGCGGCCGGCUUCUGCGUAGGUUCAGCUGCCAUUGGUACUUGGGCAGCUUUGGUACUCCGACACCCUGA